GUUCUGUUUCUGAAUACGACAGACAGAUCCAACAUCCAAAAUGGUUGAGUGCAUGUGAAACUUAUAUUGAAGUUUAUUAAAUUUUUAAUUGUUUUGUUGUCAAUUAGAACUUUAACCUGAAAAAUACUAUUAAAAAUAAUUGAUUCUGUAAGGGAAUAAUUGCAUGUUUUAAACUUGUAUAGGUGCAUUGAAUCAUUUGUUUGUUGUGUUUGACAAGUGUGUGUGGGCUGAUUUUGCUGAGAUGACAAGAGAUUCAAGUUUAGUGAAUGUGGUGUGCUAUUUCACGGUUAUUUAACAAUCAAACGUGCCAAAGGAAGUCUGUUGAUGAAGAUUCUCAAAAUAUUGUGAUGGAUCGUGGGGACAGCAGGCGAACAGGAACUCCCCAUGACGGCGAGAGAACGGAUACUUACGAUACCAGACAGGCCAAGCACAGGGCAACCGUCAAAUGGCUGAUGUCAAAAGCCUUCAACAAUUCAGUGCCAGAGCAACUCAGAGAGCCAUUCUAUAGGGAUCAUGAAGACCAGGAGCAUCUGAAGCCACAGCUGGUGCACCUGCUGGCCAAUGCCGAGCUGUAUUGCCUGGCGCUGGGCAACAUCUACUCGGACCCCAACUACCACAACAUGAACCACACCGGCGUGCUGCAGGUGCUCCUCAGAAAGGGCGUCUUCGUCUCCGACACCCCGCCCACUGAGACUGUCCUCAUCCAGACCAAUCCACUCAAAAUGAGCGCGCAUGUGAGCGUGAUGGAGGCGGUGAUGUGGUUGUACGCCAAGGAGGUGGCGACGCCUGACCGAGUGCAGGCGGCAGUGCAACGAUUCCCUGCCGCCCCCGCCUCCUCUGCCCCCACUGCCCCCGCCGACAACGCCGAGCAGGCGCUGCUCACCUGGGUCAGGCAUGCGGUCGCCGCACUCAGUCAGCGUAUCCAGGAGGAGACCGGAUCCGAGAGUGAAGCGGAAUUCCCGAAGAUCAACGAGCUGGCAGACCUGGGUGACGGGGCCCUGCUGGCUGGACUGGUGGCCUUCUACUGCCCCGAGGAGUUGUCCUGGCAGAGCAUCACCCUCAGCAAGGUGCCCUCCAUGACCGACCGACUACGCAACCUCCACCUGCUCCACCACUUCUGCCAACACUGUCUGCCCUACUCUGUCUUCCACAUGACUCCCGAGGAUGUCUGCUACAUGAGAGAGUCGAUGAAACAAAACUUAUUGGUGUUCCUAGCUGAUUUAUUCAACGUAUUAGAAAUACAUCCUGCCAAAUGUGUGCGUUUUGAUCGUAACUCGGCUAGCCUCACCCAAGCGUACCCACGGAAUAGCCAGGGCGUGGCGCACAAACGCUGCCUGCCGCAGUCCGUGUCCGCCAUUCCGGAUCUCCGCAGCAACCUAGACGCGCACUCUAACUUCUCAGGUUUGCCUUUGUCAUCUAGUGGUGGCCUCAAAAAGUCACAUUCCAUUCAUCAGACUGAAGCUCCUCCUCAGGUGGAUAACAGGGAGGAAACAUUCGUGGUGCACCGCGGCAAAGGCAUCCCGACCCUGAGUUCGAUACAGCAACAGCAGCAGCAGGAUGGAGGUGGGGUUGGGGGGACAAUGACACGUGCCAUGAAGGAGGCGGCCGGAAAGCCGAGCAACUGGGAGGACUCGAGGCGCAGCUCCUAUGCGGGCCGGCGCUCUAGGCGCAACUCACUCUCCGAGGACUCACAGUUGACGUUGGAGAAUUUCGGGGGUUCGCAGGAGAACCUGCAUUUUUUAGGGCGGAAUCCGGACAAGGAGCCGGCCGUGCAUGUGGGGCGACGAGACAGCAGCGCAUCCCGGUCUAGUCUCAACGACAAUAAAAGCACCAAUCUGCACAACGCUCUUCAGCAGGAGCACAAUGGCGAUACUGUACAUAUAGAGCUGAAAAAACCGUUGUCCGCGAAGCUGCAGCAGCAGCAGUCGCAGUCGAACUCGGAAGACGUGCCGCCCAGUGUGGGUGUGGCCAGUCCCGCUCAAGUGAAGAAGACGACGACAUUCGCCACUCUGCCGCCACAGAGCACCACUACCUGGCAGCAACAGCAGCAGCAGCAGCAGCAGCAGCAGAAGCCUCCCCUCCUACUGCCGCUGUCCACUGCUAACGCCGCAGAUUCGCAAUCUGAGACUGAGAGUGCCGAUGGCCAAGGUGGCAUAAUGGGCUCGCAACUGCUGAACAUAAGGCUGAAACUAGAAGAGAAACGACGGCGAAUUGAAAGUGAUAAGAGAAGGAUGGAAGCAGUGAUGAACAGACAGAGACAGAAGGUUGGCAAAGCAGCGUUCUUGCAGGCAGUCACUAAGGGUCAAAACCAGACAGGACAGAAGGCUAAUACAAAGCCAGCCGAGCCUGAAGCUUUGCAGGCGAUUAAUGGCGAUCUUGGUGCAGAAAACCUGCAUCCUCCUGCAGAAACCCUGCAGAGGCCCAUCUCACUUCAGGUUUCUCUCUUUAACUUUUUCUUUUCUCUUUAUUUCCUAUUCACUUAUCUAGAACAACACUCGAAGGCUGAGGGUGCAAAGAAAGCAAGUGCAACAUGUAGAACACUGGGUGAGAUGCAAGUAACGAUCGAUAGAAAAACCCCUGACAUUGAUAGUAUGGAUUUAGAAACAUGUCAACAAUCAAUAGCUCAGUAUAACUCUAGUCUACAAGAGAUCCAACAGGACCUGCAGAGGCUGUCCAGCCAGCAGUCGGAGAUGUCUCAACACCAACACCAACCACCCCAGCAGCCGUCGCCCCAACCACAGCCGCCAUUCCACCAGCCGCCAUUACAGCAGCAGCAGCCGCCAAUGGCCAGCUUUGCCACGCUGCACCACCAGAACAGCUACGCGAGUCGCGGCGCACCGCAGCCGCAGCCGCAGUCGCCGCAGCAACAGAUGCACAGUCUGCUCUACAACAACCACGCCGCACCCAACCAGCAGUGGCACAGCCUCAUGAACCAGCAGCCCAACAACUACCACAACGACUAUAUGCAGCAGCAACAGCAGAUGCACAACCAGCAGAACAACUUCAUCAAUCACCAACAGGUACACAGUUUGAUGAACCAGCAACCGAUGAACAGUUUUGCGACAAUGAACAACCACCGCAACUACCCCAAUAGUCAGGGUGGUGGCGGCUUCAUUCUUAACCAACACCAGCCGGCUGUUAACAACUACGGUGGCGGUGGGGCGGCCGACGUGUAUCAGCCGCAGUCGCAUCAGCACCAUCAAAUGAACCAGCUGAUGCACGGCGACUCGGCCGGCGAGUUCUACCUACACGACCCGCCCACGCCGCAGCGUCGCACCUGGGGUCAACCGCCUCCGAUGCCCCCUCAGCACGACGCGCAUAUGCCCGCGCCGGCGCCCACUUGGGCCAACAGCCAUUCGAACCAUCACAACAGCAGUCAGCCGCAGCAGCCCGCAUCACUGAGCAGUUCACCCCACACGGGGGGCGGAUUCAUGCUGCACCACAACGGGGCAGGGGGAGGGGGAGGCGGUGACGGCGGCUACAAGACGAGUCCCCCCUCGCUGGCCCCCACCCCUCCGCCACGGCGUGCCGCCCCCCCGGCUGUCACGCAUGCGCCCCUCCCCACCCCGCCUGUCGAUGAUAUGGAGCCGCAGAGCAUCUCGUUCAUUGGUGCUGAUGAAGACGAACUGAAUGCCGGACUGAACAGGAUCCAUAUCACGUCGGGCAGCCGAACGUAUCGCAUUCCCUCUCCCACACGCACACACACGCCCAUCUCACGCACCUCCUUUACGCAGCAACAGCAGCAGCAGCCGCGUCCCACCCCCAAGUCGCCGCACGGAGCGCCCCCGCCCGCAGCGACCGCCCCCACCGACAAGGGGUUCUACAUUUCGUUUGACGAUGACACGCCUCCCAAACGGCCUAAGCCGCCCCUUCGCGUCAAACGGGCCUCGCCUAAGAAGGAGCGGGCGUUAACACAGGUGCUAGACGCGCUGACGCAACAGAGUCACAACAACAUACCAAAUAAUAACAAUAACGAAAUAGUGUCGCCGGGCCGCCUAAAAGAGGCCCCCUCUCCCUCACCCUCCCCCAUGCGAGUUCCCCCCACCACCUCCCAACUGGACAACGACCAAGAUGGCGACGGCUCGCCCGGUGUCGGUCUCAUCAUCGGCAGUGAACUUCUCAAUCCCGAUCCUUCACAACUCGACGAGAUGGAGAGGAAGAAGGAACGAAUCCUGUUGUUGUCGUUACAACGUCGGCAGGCGCAGGAAGAAGCGAAGGCGAGAAAAGAGGCGGAAGCUGCCAGAAGGAAAGAGAAUGAGAAGAUGAAAGAGGAAGAACGGGCGAGGAAAAAGGAGGAGGAGAAGGCGCGACGUGCUGCCAUUCUUGACCAGUAUAAACUGAAAAAAGCCAUCGAAGAAGCUGAAAGAGAGGGCAAAAACGUGGACAAAGACAUCCUGAACUCGUUAAAAAUGGGAAGCAGUGCGGCGAAUAUGAGCGGUGGCGGUGCGCCCAAGAUGCGGAACCGGACGGGCGGCGGACAGGGAGCGGCGCGACCGAGGCCCAAGACCAUCCACAUCGCAGACAGCGGUCACGCGCAUGCGCCGGACGCUCACGACGGCACGCUCACGCCCAGUCGCGGCAAGAAGGGAUCCUCCUCGAAUCUGUCUGUGUACAGUUCCCCUAUGAGAAGAGAUUACUACCGUGGUUCUCAAGACAGUCUCGCUGAAACGAGGAGAACAGCUGGCUCAUUUAAUCAUCACACAGACUUUGGGGAGGACAGUCGCGGAGCGUCCCCUGGCAGGACGCUGGGGCGUCGGGGCUCCUACAAGACAUCUAGGGAUCCGUCUCCGGACCGUCCGUUCGCCACGCAGUACGGCCGUUCGCGGUCCAACUCACGCUACGGCACGUAUCAGGGCCGCCGCAAGUCCAACUCGCUCAUGAAUCUCAGCGGCUCGAGUUGCGACCAGGAUAGCCUGCUGUAUCGGUACGGCGACACUGAUUCGGGUCUCGGCCGUGCCACGCCUCCACGGCGCGCGCCGUCGCCCGGCCAACACCCGCCGUCGCCGUCCGGACCCGGUUCGCUGCCCGCCGGCUCGCACCGGCGCCGUUACGGUGACGACACGGCCUCCGAGAGUGGUAGCGACUAUAGCGGACCUCGCCUCUACAAGCAGCCGGCCACCAAGUCCAAUAAGGGCAUAAUCCUGAACGCAGUUGAGUACUGCGUGUUCCCGGGUGUGGUGAACCGGGAGGCGAAGCGACGAGUGCUGGAGGAGAUCAACCGCAGCGAGGCCAAGCACUUCCUGGUCCUGUUCCGGGAUGCCGGCUGUCAGUUCCGGGCGCUCUACUCCUACUGCCCCGACACCGAGGAGGUCGCCAAGCUCUACGGCACCGGGCCCAAGCUAGUCUCCGAUCGCAUGUUCGACAAGUUUUUCAAGUACAAUUCAGGUGGCAAGUGCUUCUCACAAGUGCACACAAAACAUCUGACAGUGACAAUAGAUGCGUUCACAAUUCACAACAGUCUGUGGCAAGGCAAGAAGGUGAACUUACCGAGCAAGAGGGACAUGGUGCUGGUCAUCUAAUUGCUGCUGGAUCAACAACUGUUUCUUGUGCCCUCGCUCGAUUGAUGAAUUAUUUUUUUCUGUUCCUAAUACUCAUAACAAAUGACAAUUAAAACUAAUCGAAUAACAGUAUUUAGAAAUAACGCAAAGGUAAUUGAUAUAAAGAUGAUUCUUAUAUAAUUCAUUCUUAUACUAAUGGUGAAGUGAUUGAAUUUAUUAUUUUAAAUUUUCAUUAAACUGUUGUCUAACAAUCUAAAGUGCAACAAUUUUACGAUCUUUCAUUUUCUCAAUGUUAUUCAGUAGCUUUACACUAUAUCAGUAUUUUUCUAAACUAUUCCCAAGUAAAAACCUUUUUGUAUUCUAAGUUUGUCAUUGUAGGGACAAGUUUCACAGAUUCAUUUUUCUUUAUAUUGUUCCAUCAAAGAAACAUAUUGUUCUCAAAACUAUUGUUAGAUUGUAAUGUUCAUUGUACAUUUUUUUCCAGAUGAGUAAUUUUAACGUUUUUUGGAGGACAAUUAUACUACAACUACUAUAUUAAUUGUUAUUGAAUCAAUCAACCUUAUUUAUUGUAAGGUCUUUUUAAUCUUGUAUCUGAAGUUCACCUUAAAUUUAAUGAGAAACCGUUUGUUAUUUAUUUUUCAUUAUAAAAUACCAUUUAUCCAUACUAAUCGUUGUUGAAUUUCUGUUAUCUCAGUCACUUGACUUAUGUUAUUUUCAUAUUAACGAAUUACAGUAAAUCAUAAUAUACUCAAUUCUAUAUUUUUAUUGUUAAAAUUAUUUAUUAUUGCUUCAUAAUCAUAUGACAAUUCGAAAUAACUAAAAGCUAGAUUUGCUAAUUGUUACUUUUUAUAACAUAUUUUUUCCAGAUAAAAUUUACUGAUCUCCCGAUAAUAAACAUUGCUAUUUCUGAUACAAUGAACUUAUUCUCGAAUUUCUUGUCAUGAAAGUAAACUUGCUAGACAGUGGAAUAUCUUAACAUGGCUAGCAUGUUCAAUAAUUGCUUUAUGAAACUUAAUUUUGAAAUGAUACGAAAAUAUACUUAAUUUUAGAAUAAGUUCUCACAGAUGUAUUCAACUCCAUUGUUUCUUUGUAUAAAGAGUUUAAAAGCCAUGUAAAAGACUUCAUUUUUUCACAUAAGCUCGAAUCAAAUUAUUGAGCAGGAAUUUGUAUUAUCUAAUGGAAUCUCGGAAUUUGCAAAAAUUCUGAUAUAAAAUAAAAUUUUGAAAAUAUUCUUGUGUAAUUUUUCAAUAAUCUUGUUACUUGAUUUUUUUUGUAAAGUUUUUCCAAUACAUUUUCUAAUAUGAGGUUAAAUCUCUACACGUGUAUGUUUCCAAGAUAUUCCACUAGAAUUGAGUAUUUUUAGAAAAAAAGGCAAUCUAAGAGAUAAGUUUCAUCAGAUAAUCGUAGCCUACAAGGAUUAUUUACUGUAUAUACAUAUAUAAUAACCAUAUCAUUAACUGGGUUCGCAUCUAUGGUUAUUAUUUAAUGUAGACAUUAUGCACAGGAUAGUUAUGGGCUGUAAAGAAUUCUCAUAGGCUACGAGUAAAUUUUUGAUUCAAUUUUUCAUAUAAUACUCAUAUAAGAAAAAUCGGGAUUCCAAUAGAUGUUGAAUAAAUUAACUAUUGUCAGUAAAUGAAAAUAUCAAAAUUCACAAUUAAUUCUGAAAAAAUACUAUUAUAGUCUGUUUUUCUGUCUUGCUUCUUCUCCUUAGUAGGAGAUAGCUUUUUCUUCUUAAUUAGGCUGUCACUUGCAAAGUUAGUCUAAUUAUAUAUGACUGCAUAUUGAUAGAAUUCAACUAAAAUUAGGUCCAACUGUCUUUUAUCAAUAGAGCAUGCAAAUCUUUCCAUAUUUAUAUUACACAGUUUACUACUGAAAUGGUUAUGGUUUUCUCUCUAAAUAAUUUUUUACUGUUUGUCUAUGCAAAGCAAAUUUGACAAAUUCCUUCCUUGGAUAUAUUUUUCAUUUUUGAGCAGUAUACUGCGUUUUCUCUUGUUUUUUUGUUUAUUUUUAAUAGAUGAACGUUUUUGGAAUCACUUACCUUGAAUGUUGAUGUAACUUGAAGAACAUGCAUUAAUGCAUAAUAAACAUGAUUACUUGAUGAAAAUCAAUAUUAAAAAGACAUUCUAUUUAUUCUAUCAUAGUAAACACCUUAACACUAUCAGCUAUCAACAAAGAAAAUUCGUCAGAUUGAUAUUGUUAGUAUUGAAGAUUUUUAUUCUCUCUAUGAAACUGUUAAAUACUUGAAAAAUUUAAAUAGUUGUUUCUUUUCACGAAACUUGUAGUUUUCUGGUAUAUUAUUUUUUGCCUUUCUAAUACAUUUCGUCUUGCUUACUUCAAAGAUGUAUGACAUGAAUUGAGAAAGUGUACAUAUAUAGUGGAGAAAAAUAAACGAAAAUAUGUACAGCAUGUAAUGAAAUUUUAUUUUUUAACGAGUGUACUAUGUCAGAAUUUGUCUCUUAUAGUCUUGUCAGUUGUGAGAUAAUAAAUAUAAAUUGUCGUAGGUAAUGUGCCAAUGUAUAGGUGGAUAAUACUGCGUGAUGUAAACAUUUGCCACUUUUAAUUGUAUUGAUGUAGUGUCUGAAAGACAACGCUUGAGAUUUGAGAGUGACAAAGGUAUAAUAGAUAUUAUUGGUUUCAACAUGAGAAAAUCGCUUCUGUUGAUAUUUGUGUACUGUGAAUGGCUUCGCUCUGUUGUUGAUAAUGUGAAUAAAUAUAUAUUUGUAAGAAUUUUGGGUAUUAUCAGUGUUUAUUUAUUGAAAAUAAUUAAUUGAAACCACUUUAUGUGAAUAUUGAUUUUUGUGCCUAGACGUGAAAUUUGAAAUUUGGUGCUCUGUUUCUUUUUGAAGAGCAGAAACUUUUGUAACUAAGAGAGCUUUUUCAUAUUGAGUAAAGGACACCAUAUUGGUCAUUAUGUUGAGAAGUACGUACAUUAGCCUAGCCUCACUCGUUAUUAAUUGAACUUAUUUUUUAACAAAUUUAUGUAAAUAGUUUUUCUUAUUUUGUGUUUGAUAAAUAAUAAUAUUAAUGAAAUAUAAAUGGACUUAUUUAUUUGUGAAAUAAAUUAAUAUUAAAAUAUUUUACCAAAUGAGUGAAUAACAACUUGUGAGUUUCUAUCUAUCCAUCGUAUUGUAAAUUGAGGAAAUGGUGAUGAAUAUGUUUCAUUAUUCGAAUUCACUAUUUUGUCAAUCUUUUAUUGAUUCUCUGAAUCUGAAUGCACAUCAUCAUGCAUUGUUACGGCGCUUAGUCUCUAAGACGAGUAUCAACGUGUAAUAGACAAUGAAAUAAGACAAAAUUGUGAUCUACAAUAAAAAAUUGUAACCUAA